AUGACAGGUGUUGGACGUGCAUUGAAAUCAAAGAAACUGAAUCCUAAGUUCAUUGGACCGUAUCAGAUUUUGCAGAGAGUCGGAACGGUUGCAUAUAGAGUGGCGCUGCCACCCAAACUUUCAAACUUGCAUGACGUGUUUCACGUGUCGCAACUUCGAAAGUACAUCUCUGAUCCAUCUCAUGUCAUUCAGAGGGAUGAAGUACAGAUUCGAGAUAAUCUUACUGUAGAGACAAUGCCGAUAAGGAUCGAGGAUCACAAGAUGAAACAAUUAAGAGGCAAGGACAUUUCCUUAGUGAGAGUAGCAUGGGGAGGAGCUGCUAGGGGAAGUGUGACCUGGGAAUUAGAGAGCAGGAUGCGAGAGUCGUAUCCAGAAUUGUUCUCGUCAGUAUUAUACAAGAAUGGUAAUUCCAGUGGGAAUUACGGUGAGUAUAUGGCUCACGUGUGA